AUGGGCUCUGAAAACUACCCCCUUCGAAACAGUGGGAUCUACCACAACCUACCUACCUUUGACCCCGCUCUCAAGGGACUCACCGCGAUAGUCACUGGAGCCAAUGGAAUAUCAGGCUUCCAUACCAUGCGCGUGUUGCUCGAGAGCCCGGAUCGCUGGAGCAAGGUGUACGCGUUGUCACGUCGGCCACCUCCCAAGGAGAUGAUGGGCCUCUUGAGCGAAUCACAGCGUUCUCGCGUCCAACACAUCGCGGUCGACUUUUUAGGAGAACCGCAGAAAAUUGCAGACGCCAUGAAGUCUGCAAAUAUUAAAGCAGACUAUAUCUUCUUCUACUCGUAUCUGCAGCCAAAACCCCCUCCAGGUACCGCGGUAUGGUCCAAUGCCGACGAGCUCGUCAAAGUGAACAGUGCACUCUUGGACAAUUUCCUCGGGGCUCUUAGCAUCUCCAAGAUCACGCCCAAGCGCUUUCUACUGCAGACGGGUGCGAAGAACUAUGGCAUACAUAUCGGUCGAGCCCGAACGCCUGCAAUCGAAUCAGACCCACAACCUGCUCACCUGGAACCCAAUUUCUACUACCCACAGGAGAAGUCACUCUUCGAGUACUGCAAAGCCAACAACACCCACUGGAACGUGAUCCGUCCAGCGUGGAUCCUCGGCGCCGUAAAUAACGCACAGAUGAAUGCAUUACUGCCAUUCGCAUAUUACUCCGCUGUCAAUGCGCAAAAAGGGGAGCCGCUUCAAUUCCCUGGCGACUUCGAUACCUGGCAGUUUGAGCAACACCAUUCAUCUGCAAUGCUAACUGGAUAUCUCUCAGAAUGGGCCGUCCUGGAAGACAAGUGCAAGGACGAGGCAUUCAAUUCUCAGGACGGAGGACCCAUGACAUGGGACCGCUUCUAUGAGGAGUUGGUAAGGUGGUUCGGCGUCGACAAGGGAAUUGUGUAUCCGGAGGAAGAUCUUUCCAAGUUCACCGUCAUCGAGGGAAACAAAGGCAAAGACACACCCAUGGGCUACGGGCCUGCAACACAAAUCCGCACCCUGUGGAGCCUUGUUGACUGGGCGAAGAAACCUGAGAAUGCGAAGGCAUGGGAAGAAUUAAUGAGUGCUUCUGGUGGUCAAUUGACCGACAAUCCAUUCAAGGAUGUAGAAGCCAAUUUCGCCUUUGGAGAUGCUGCGCUCGUCAAAUUUGGAAGUCUAAAUAUGAACAAGGCAAAGCGAUUGGGUUGGACUGGAUUUGUGGAUACCAUGGAGGCUCUAUUUGAAAUGUACGAGGAGAUGGGCAAGCUUGGAAUGGUUCCUAAGAUGAAGGUUGAUAAAGCGAGGGCUCUUGUCUGA